CAUUAAUUGAUUAGUUUAAAAACACCUUUUACGUCGCUCGAUUGAAAUACUCAAUUUGGGAAAUGUCUUGCUACGAAUUCGUUCAAACGCUGUCCGUUUUUGUGAUCAGCAUUCAGCUUAUUUUUGGAGUCUUUCGAUGGAUUUAUGGCAAUGUGAUCGGUCCCAAAUUUCUUGAGCCAGUGAAUCUUCGCCAAUAUGGCAGUUGGGCAUUAGUUACUGGUGCUACCGACGGAAUAGGCAAACAGUAUGCAAGAUCGUUGGCUAAACGAGGACUCAACGUUAUACUCGUAUCGCGAACACUUUCUAAAUUGGAAUCGGUCGCUAAAGAAAUAUCCGAAACCUUUAACGUACAGACGCAAGUCAUUGCUGUUGAUUUCACAUCUGGUCCGGAAAUUUACACUCAGAUUCAGCAACAGAUUAGCGGUAAAGACAUCGGCAUUUUAAUUAACAAUGUCGGCAUGUUCUAUCCAGCACCCGAUUUCUUCCUCAACAUUCCCGAUCGCGAAAAAGUGAUCCAAGAUAUUAUCAGAUGCAACGUUACCGCUGUUCCAAUGAUGUGUAAUUUGAUUUUACCUCAAAUGGUUCAAAGAAAGCAAGGACUCAUUGUCAACAUUUCGUCAUUGUUGUCUGUAUUUCCCGGUCCAUUGGCGACCAUGUAUGCCGCAUCCAAAGCUUUCGUUAGUAAAUUUUCGAACGAUUUAGCAGCCGAAUAUGAGUCUCAAGGUAUUACUGUUCAGGUGCUGGUAACUGGUGAAGUCGCUACCAAUAUGAAUAAACAAGAGGGAGGGACAUUUUCUGUACCCAAAGCCAGUCAAUAUGUUGAAUCAGCGCUCUCUUAUGUUGGUCAUGCUCGAUAUACGAGCGGGUUUCUGCCUCAUUCGUUGUUAGCAAUCAUUGGCCAAUUAGUUACGUUUAUCGCACCAUCACUUGUCGAACGUUUGGUGACAAAGAAUAUGCUUGCAGUACGUGAAAAAGCAAUCAAAAGAGGGUCCUACAAACCGGGAAAGUGAAAAUAUAACGGGAGGUCAUCUGUUAUCAACAACAACGACAAAAAUAAGCGAUGAGCUGUUUCUAGUGUCUAACAAAAUGAUUGUUUAAACAAAAGAAGUAAAA